CACAUGUCUAAGGGAUGGUUUGGCUUUAACAGCCCGGGAGCUCUAUACAUCUGGAAUGCCCUGUUAUUUUGGAUUACAGGACGUCCUGACUGGUAUGCCCCUCACAUUUUCAUGUUCAAAAAAUCUCUAGCUUUGACUUCCUUCAAGAUCCUGGUCAACUUCCAGAUGAAUGUUCAAUAUGCUAGGAAUCGCUCAGCCCUGCCUCUUUUUUCCGCCUUCUUCCCUGCGGACACAUGUUCCAUCUCCCAUGUAUUGAUACAUGGAUUUGCAACGAGGAUGCUCGCUGUCUUGUCUGUUGCCACACGUUCUAUCAUCUGAAAAGGGCCAGGAUGGGUAGUAUCUUACAGAUCAAAAACGCGUUAAACAUCAAGGCUCAACGAUUCAGAUAUUUCUCAAAGGCCGUGAGAGAA